AUGGCCGCCCAGCAGGCCACGGGUGCCACGACGUUUUCGUACUCUGGCUCGCAGUACUUCACGCUGCUCAUCGGCGCCGGCCGAAGAGCUCUGCUGCUGACGGCCGUCUUUGGAGCGGUCAAGUCGGUGGCCAUGGCAGUGUGUCAGAUUGCGACGGCGGUUGUUGUCAGGGCAAGGCCGGCGCCUGAUGACGGUGCGGUGACGUCCUUUGGGAUCGUGACGGUAGCCCUCAUCUACAUUUUCGUCGUCAUCUACAACAUCAGCUGGGGUCCGAUGCCGUGGCCGUACAUGUCGGAGAUCUUCUCCGCCAGAGUUCGAGAACCUAGUAUAGUAAUUGGAGCAGCCUCGCAGUGGCUUUUCAAUCUACUGUUGUCGCUCACGACGCUGUAUAUGAUGGAGAGGUUGGGAUGGGGCACAUUUCUGGUGUGGGGGGUGUUUGAUGUCGCCAUUUGUGCGCUUGCGUUUUUGCUCCUCAACGAGGCCAGGAUCUCUCGCUUGAGGCCAUUGCCAGCCAGCGGUUUCAUAAGAGGGUGUGAGAAUACUAGAAAGGACAUGAGCAAUCGAAUGGAUUGA